AAUGAGUGUUUUCUGAAGAGGUCCCAAACGGCUCCCAUCUCACCCAAGUCCUCAGUAGCCGAUGGCGGCUCUAUAGGAGACGGAUUGAGUCCAGCACAACUAUUUUCUUUUGUCAUUUUUAAUCUUUUUUGGGGCCACAAAAGGAGUGCAAGUAAGCCGAAUACAUUCUUUCUGUACACGGUGUCGCUCCGUUAAAGUUAGCGCAGGUUAUAGCAAGGACCUGCGUGUGUGUACCUUUGCUAAGCUCAUUCUGCGAUACAACGUCGAGACAAGUCGGGACAAGACCAGUCUCAGGGCUCACCAUACUCGAUGAGCGGACAGCGCAAUGUCAGAGCGCUCUGGGCAAACUGCAAAGGGGAAGGAAGGCAAAACCAAGUAUGCGUCCCUCAACUUGUUUGAUACAUACAAAGGAAAGAGCCUUGAAACACAAAAGCCUGUUGUUCCCCCCCGCCAUGGCCUGCAAUCUCUUGGUAAAGUUGCCUCCGCGCGGCGCAUGCCACCCCCUGCCAACCUGCCCAGUCUGAAGGCAGAGAACAAAGGUAACGAUCCCAACGUCUCGCUUGUUCCCAAAGACGGCACAGGAUGGGCAAGCAAACAGGAACCAGCAGACCCAAAGAGUACCGAUGCAUUGUCAGCACCGCAGCCGGAAUCGCAGCAGCCUGUGGCUUCACAGAUUCCUGCACCGACCUGCCCGAGAACCCCACCAACUUCAGAGGCUCCGGCCCCAACUUCAGCCCAGGCCGUAGGGGUAAGGUCCUGGGCACAGACCAGCGUUACACAUGGAACACAAGGGGAUGGUGGAAGGGGAUCAAACCUACCGUCGCCGUUCUCUCGCGAGGAAUUUCCCACGCUGCAGUCGGCUGGCGACCAGGACAAAGCUGGCAGAGAACAGGCCACUGCAGAUCAGUGGUAUGGGCCCGGACCAAGCCUCCGCCCCCAGAACGUAACAAGUUGGCGGGAUGGUGGGGGCCGAGCCCUGGCACCCACCCUGCCUGGGGAGGGGGCUGUGGAGGUGGGGACAGGUGGAGCUCUGGUGAUGGAUGGGGCAGCUGUGAUCCCCCCUCCAAACUCCCAGAUCCAAGGACCACCUAGAAAUCCUCCUGCAGGCAGCCCCGCCCUGCCCCUGCCCCAGCCCCCUGUGGGGCCCGGGUUUCCUCCAUAUCGAGGGAUCAUGCCUCCAUUUAUGUAUCCUCCCUACCUGCCUUUCCCAGGCCCCUAUGGCCUUCAAGGGCCCUACAGGUUCCCUCAACCUGGGGAGGGGCAAGCUCCAAGGUUCUCGCGAGGGCAGAGUGGUCCUAACCCCCGCGAUUCAGGUGGAGAAGCGGUGAAACGACCCUCCAUCCUGAAGCAGGAUGACCUGAAAGAACUGGAUGAGCUGGAUCAUGAUGGAGACGAUGGCUGGGCAGGAGCUCAUGAGGAGAUUGACUACUCUGCCAAGCUGAAGUUCAGUGAUGACGAAGGAGAGGAAGGAGGAGACGAGGAGAAAGCUGAGAGCAAGAAGGACUCCCAGUAUGGAAACAAUGAUCAUCAGAGAUCUCAAGAUGCUUCCACUGCAGCCUCUCACCCUCGAGCUUCAGACAGCGGCGGAGAAAAUCGUCAAACCCCUCCCGCUAAUGCUGACGGCGUCCCUCACCCCCCCUCCAGCAAGCCAGGAUGGGCCGAGGAGGGAGGCAGCGGCUGGGGAAACCAGGGAGUGCUGCCCAACUACCAGGGGCGCAGGCCUGGAUUGGGUGGUCCCCGGGAGCAGCCCUCCCCCCCACCUGGGCCCCUCCUCGGACAGGGGCCUUACUCCUUUUACCGACAGGAACGGCCACACAACCAGAGCCCGUCUCUUGGGCCAGGGAAACCGGCUCCUGCCCAGCAUCCGCCCGCAGCCGGAGCUCCGACCUCUGCCCCCAAGCCUGGCCUGCAAGCCCAUGUGGCCCAGGGGGAAGAUGAAGAUGAGACCUGGCGUCAGCGAAGGAAACAGUCGUCUACGGAGAUAUCUGCUGCUGUUGAGCGAGCUCGUCGUCGUCGUGAGGAAGAGGAACGCAGGAUGGAGGAGGAGAGACGAGCGGCCUGUGCUGAAAAGCUAAAGAGGCUGGAUGAGAAGCAGCACGGCAGCAGCACGGGAGCUGGGGGCAGCAGCAAGAGCCCCAGCCUUGAUGGAAACUCCACAGCUGCUAAAGCUGGGAGUCCAAGUCCAUCCAUUUCAGCAUCCUCCCCUAAUGUCAGCCAGCCCCCCUCUCCGUGUGUAGAUACAGAAGAGCCUCCAGUGCUGGUGGUGCAGCCAGGGCCCGGUCCUGGAGCAACUGAUCGUCGACGAGCUAGCAGCAACAGCAGCUACGACUCCAGCGCUGAUGUCCAGCCGUGUUCCCAGCCGGCUGUCCCUCAGCCACAGCAGCCCACGCUGGACGUCCCUGUAUCAGUGGAGAGUAAAGAGGAGACUGUAAGCAGUCCUCACAUUCGAGCAGGCGAAAGAGGAGUCGACUCGAUCAAGGUCGAGAGUUCAGGUGGAGGAGCAGGUCGCCAAGCGGGAGGUCCUCCUGGCCAGGGUUACUCCAAGUACCAGAAGUCCCUACCGCCCCGCUUUCAGAGGCAGCAGCAGGAGCAGCUUCUGAAGCAGCAGCAGUGGCAGCAGCAGCAGCACAGCCAAGCAUCACAAAAUCAACUGUCCCCCCAGCCUCAGGCCCCUUCACCAGGCUCUACAGCCCAGCCGGGCCCUGGGCCAAAGCAGGGUGGACCAUUGUAUCAACCUGGCAGCAUGGUUCGACCUCCUCCUCUACCAAUGAACUUUGACCCCCGGUGGGUGAUGAUGCCCUACAUGGACCCUCGUAUAAUGCAGGGUCGCCCUCCACCUAUGGACUACUAUGCUGCUGGCGUGCACCCAUCUGGGCUGAUUGGUCGUGAACGAUCUGACUCAGGGGGGUCCGGUUCAGAGCCUUUUGACAGACAGCAGCAGCAUCCAGGGCACACUCAUCGCGGGACCCCCCCAAUGGAUCCUAAGCUGGCUUGGGGGCCGGAGGUCUUCCCUGGGGGCGGAGAGAACCAUGGUCUAACAUCUCCUCUGAGGCAGAAGCAGGCGUUGGAGGAUGAUGACAUGGGGAAGGGACCGAGGAGUGACACUCCUCCUCACCGCUUACGGGAGGGAGGUUUGGGACUGGUCCAGCAGCCCGGCUCCUCAUCAGGACCCUCCAGUCAAACUCCUCCUCCUGUUGGCACGCAGGUGGGCGCCCAGGGAGGCAACCACCACCCUCAUCACCUCAUUAGUGGACGAGGUAACUACAGCAACUUCCCUGACCAGGGAACCAGGAUGCCGCCCCAUCAGCAGCAGCAGCAGAGGUCGGGUGAUAGAGGAAACCAGCCUCAUGGCUUCUCUCACCAGGAUGAAGGCACUUCCCGAGGACCUCAGCAGGUUCAGAUAUGGGGAGCACAACAUUCUCACUAUGAUCGUAACGGACGUGCAGAUCUCCCAAAUGUAGAGGGUAACUCUCACCUCCACCACCAUCCUGGCCACCACCCUCAGCAGCCCCAGUUCCCUCUCAACUCCCAUAAGCCAGAAAACAGCCGUGACAGGGUUGGUGAGGCUGCCACUAAGAAGGCUGACUCUUCUCCACCUCUCCACCAAGCUUCCCUGUCAUCUUCCUGCUCUUCUUCCUCUUCCUCCACCAAGGAAGAGGGGAAAUUGGUACAUCAUCAUCCACCUCAGAGGGAGGCUGAACCUGGAGUCGGCCAGAGCCUUGGUGAAAGAGGCAGCAGUGGAAAUGCCAGCAACAGUCAUGUGAAGCUGGAGAAGACGGGACAUACGUAUGCGCCCCGUUCCUCCAUCACCUCCAGCCCAACUCCUCCUCAACACGGUGGUCACAAUCAGACACAGCAGCAUCCCCACCACAAAUCAAACCAAAGAGGAGGACGGGAGCACAAGACAGAGACCCAGUGGGGCCCACGGCCUGGAAGCAACAACAUGGGCGGGGGAACCUCUCAUGGAAGGAGGGCCAACAAUGCAGGAGGUGGGAACCACUCUCGUGGAGGAGAGGACUCCAACAAUACUCCAGCUGACCAUAAAACCUCUAAUCAGACAGGAGGAAGCAAUGCAAACAAGAGGGCUGGUCCGAUUAAAAAGCCAGUGCUAAAGGAAAUAAAGAGGGAAGGAGGAGAAAUGGAUGGAGGGGAAAAACCAGGAGCGGGUUUUGGAAAAGAUAAAGAACAAGAUGGUCUCCAACCCUCCUCCAUCAAGCAGGAAGUCUCUUCCAACUCCCAGAAUACUUCAGCUCCAUCUAAAGAUGAAACGGCCCAAACAGCCAAACCGAGGAAUGGAGGAAAAGAGCGGCCCUCCGGUAGAGGAUCCAAGGAUGUAGACACCCCGUCUUCGGGGUUUUCUGUAUCCUCCUCCAGGAAGGACAGAGACCGCUCCUUUGAAAGAGGCAGCAACUCCCACCACCCUGGAGUUCCUCCCAAAGGGGGAAGAGCCGGUCGAGGGAGAGGAGGAGAAUUCUACGGGCGUGGCCGUGGUUACCGUGGCACCUACACUGCCAGUGCUGGACCAACUGGGGGAGGACGAGGCAGAAUGGGAGGUAGGAGUGGUCGGGACUACCGUUCGUCAGUUGGUGUUGGCCACCACCACCAGGAACCCAAGGGAGAGGGUCCUGGUGGUAGGCAUGGUCAGGAUAGAUCCCAGCAUAACCCUGCUAGGGCCAGGAACCACAGCGAGACUCGUAGUGAGGGCUCAGAGUAUGAAGAGGUCCCCAAGAGACGGCGUGAGCGAGGCUCUGAGACCGGCAGUGAGAGCGGUGGGAGUGACCUCGGUCACUCGGACAAAGAUGACAACCAAAAACCCAACAGCAAGAACUGUUCCCAUAAUGUAGGCGCCGCAGGAAACAUCUCCUGUGCUCCACCUCGAGUUUCUCAGGCUCGUGUCUUCACCCCCAGAGGUGUACCCUCUAGGAGAGGCAGGGGUGGAGGAGGUGGUGGAGGAGGAGGAAACAUCUACAGGAAUAGUGGCAGCAUUGGAGGAACAGGUGGGGGACACCGGGUUGGACCUAGCUCAGGCCCCCAUGGUGUAUCUGCCAAAUCGUUGGCCUCAGGACGAAAACAACCAAGUCAUUCUUACACAUCUGGACCCAAAGAUUUGGGUCGAGGCGGAAAUCCAGGAGAGAAAAAGGACAAGGUGUCUGAUGGAGGUCAAACCCAAAACCAGGGGACCAACCCCCCGCCACCACCUGCACCUGCCACCACUCCUGCAACACUGAGCACCACUGAAAACGGAGGGGUGAUGACUCAACAAGCUCCAGCCAACCCUGCACCAAACACUGGAGGACCCAACACCCCCCCACAUCCUGCAAACCGAGGGCUCCCCCCUGGCGGGUUUGAAAGACCGCCUAGACGUCGGCGCCAUGGGCGCUCUCAGCACCAGCAGGACAAGCCCCCCCGCUUCCGAAGGCUGAAAGAGCGAGAGAAUGCUGCCCGCAUCAACGGAGGAGUGGGGGUCAUCGGGGGAGGAAGACCAUUGUCUCCUUCUCUGAAUUCUGUUCAGGAUAGUAAUGGCGCCCCUGCCCCUUCUCCCAUCACAGGAAAUGCCCCAAAUGCCAACCACAGCGCCACAAUAACUACCAACAGUAACAGUGGUGGGGGGCACCUAAACAAUGCCAACAGCCACCACCAUCACUACAACCAGGGCAGUGCUGGUUCGACCCACCCACACCCCCAACACAGUCAUGGAGCGAAAUCUCCAGACUUCACCAAUCAGAACUCUGACCAGGCAAACGAGGAGUGGGAGACCGCCUCUGAGAGCAGCGACUUCACAGAGUUCAGAGAUAGGGAGGGUGGAGGAGGAGGAGGUGGGAAGUCCUACACCUCUCACCAUCACCACCACCACACGGGGAGAGGAGGGGGCAGCGGUGGAGGAGGAGGUCUGAUUGAUCGAGAAAUUGCGGGAAAAGAGCCGUCUGCGAAUAAAAGAAGCUUUUCGAGCCAGCGUCCUGGGAUGGAGCGACAGAACCGGAGGGUCAACACCGGAGGAGGGGGAGGCAGAGGUCCUCGUGGCCCACCUGGUGGUGGCGCUGGUGGACCUGCAAAUGGAGGAGGCAACCGGGGGGAGAAGCGCGGCAACUGGCCAUCACCCAAGAACAGGAAGUGAUGGGAGUAAAAAGAAAUGACCUCACUUCCCAUUAAACCCCGCCCAAUUACGUCCUAAUCCCUCAGAUUAUUCCACGGCUUCUUUAACACAUUAGUGCGUUGUGUUGUAUAUCCAGAUGGUAUUUAUAUUCACCUGAGCUGCCCCACCUCGUUAUUCUUUGCAUUGUCCGCUAUUGUAAAUUUCUCUGGUCUCUCUUGCUCUGCUUUCGUUUGUGCAUCUUUUAAAAAAUACUCAUAGCCCCUCCCCCCAGCUGAGUCCGACAGGCAUGUGGUGGUGCUGUGAAAUUGCACGUUGUGAUAACCGAGGACUUUAACACACUUUCAAUUCAAGCACAGAACCCACACCUCAUAAACAUGCAAAAUGCUGAAAUGGGAUUAAAUCAGGUAAUCUGCUUGGAUUGGGCUCACUUUUCUACAAACGCGUGUGUUUCUGCCACACUCCGGCCUUGGGUGACAUUCAGCAGCACUUCCCUCACAAGCAGAAAGAGCGAAGCGUCAUCUUUUAACAACUAAACUUUUCCUUUUUUUUAACGCUUCUCUUUUUUAUUUGCGAUUUGAGUUUCAGCUCCUAUCCCCAAAUCUCCCCCAAACCCAAAUCGGGUCACGUUGUUACCAACUCCUCCUCCCCGUUGGUCUUUAGUAACGUUUGUGUGGUCACCGUGAGAAGUACUGCUGCUCAGCACUCUCCUACACUUCCGUUACUUUUAUCGUUAACAUCUUUGCUGCUCGCUCAGGUGGACGGUGUGAUUUUAUUUGAGUUUCCCCAAAUCGUUGACCUGCUCUGACAUUUCGUUUAGGGUUUUGUAGAAAGGAAGGUAUUUCUGGCCUCAUCGUAGCAUAAUCCUUACCUGCAGAGUGCAGAAAUCCCGAGGACUUGAGUUUUACUUCCUCCCUGAGUUUUGUUUACCCCUUACAGACUGUGUUGUUGGUGUGACGGCUGUUUUUUUUGUACCCCUGUUUUUAUGGGAAUGUAUUUGUUUUUCCUUCUUCCUCAAAUUAAAGCGUCAGGAGGAAAAGGAAUAAUUCUUUAAUAAAACGUGGCGAUCAGGAUCUAACGUUUAAUUGUUUAUGCUUCUGUAGAUGAUUGCAUAUGUUCUAAUAAGCACUCCUUGUAGUAUGAAAGCUUUCAUGUUUUUCCUUUUACGUUCUGGGGGCAGUUACACGUGCUGCAACACCAUGCAGAGCCAGUGUUGCACUAUUAAACCCCGCUCUGCCGCCGCGUGCGGAGAACCACACCCCCGGCGCUCUCGCAGAGACUCCUCACAACAAGAAGGACUCGUCGCCUGUCCCCCAAGGACAGGACGGCCAUUACAGAACACGGUGGAACGAGCAGCUUCAGUUCAGGACAAGUGUCUCCUUGUACAUUUCACACGGUUUGUGAGGUUUUACUUUGCAACGAAUAAUACCAACCUGGAAUGAGACAGUACUGGAUUGAUGUAGGAUUAUUGAUAAAGGUAGAUUUCAUCUCUCACACACACACAGACACACACACACGACAUGAAAAGACUUAGAGCAGCAUCCAAAAUGAGCUGAUCCGAUUUUCUCAUCCGCAUCGAUUCCGUCACUGCUGUAAGUGUAAGUUGGGGUUUGUUUGUAUACUGACAGUAGUUUGAAGAUCGUUUCUGGGUUGUUGUGAGUAGGGCAUUUUUGAUUUGUGUGUGUGCGCGUGCUUGUGUGGAUGUGUGUUUUCCGGUGUCUGUGAUAACUCGGGACGGGGACGGGGGUGGGGGACCAGAGGUUUCGACAUGAACGGCAAGCACUUUUUCUGCCUUGUUUGCCCACACGUGAUUUAACCGAUAAAAUUAAGACGAUCCUGUUUCUUACAUACAUCCUCAUGUAUACAUCCAGCCGUGUGUAUGUUCAGCAUCCAAAUGAAGAAUCUGCAGUAAGAAACUAAAAAAAGAGAAAAAUCACCUAUUUUGUGUAAUUGAAGCAUCUCUUCAACAGGCAAGUGAAGUUGGACUUUUUACGUUUCACUAAGACUUCCUGUUAGCAUGAGAAGACCACUGGGUGCUGCUUGCGUUGCCUGUUGCUGGUUUAUACAUUGGUAGCUAUACACUUAACACUGGCUCAAAGAGUCUUUCAUCCCUCCUUAAUGUCGAUGUGUGCAUUAUUGUAUGUACCCAUGUGAAAAAGAAAACCAGAAGUAGUGUAUUCUCAAAGAUUGUAUUAUGUUUCCAGCAUUAUUGCCGAGGUACCCAAAGUGGUUCAAACUGUUUUUAGCAUUUAAAGGUUUUUAGUAAAGGAACCAUAAUAUACACACAUGUAUGUAUAUUGGUAUGUAUCUAAGUUUUGUCUGCCCCAACUUACAUUCCCACAAACAAAUGUUGCAAUUUUUAGUUCAAGGGAGCAAUGUACAAGCAGAGAAGUGUCUUAUAAUAAAGUUAUACAGAGAAGGCAAAGUUAAAUAAACUACUUUUGAUUUAAUGGAAACGGUAAA